GUAAGCCUUUGUGGACCUUAUCACCUCUAUUGUGAUUUUACAGGUGAGCAUCAUGCUGCCAUCUUACUGUGUGUUACACUCGUGUUGAACACAUGUUGUCGCAACGUAAUUCAUAAUUGUCUUUAACGUCCCACUCGAAAUAUCCACCAAGGCGUAUGUGAGCGUUGAGGACAUGUACAGCGUAGACGAUGUAGCGAAGGUGGUGCUUACGGUGUCUAUAAUGGUGGUGUUUACGGAGGUGGCUGUCAGUGUUUUCUGGAAUUACAUGACUGGAUUUGAUGAAAAACGCUAUAAGAUUAGCAAGCAGGGGGAAAACUUUGAUAGUGACCUCUACAUGCAGAAUCUGACCCGUCCGACAGAUUUACCAACACCCCGGAGGCUAUCUGUAAUCCCCGUUGGCGAGGACAUUUCAGAGGGACACGCCCAUCAAGCGGUGCGGAGUAAGACCGUAAAGGUCCAUGUAUACAAUGUAAGCCAACCUGUGACUGACGGGAAAGGAAUCCAAUGCGUCCAGAUGAGGAUAGGCAUAUCAUAUGUAUAUACUCCAAUAUGUAUAUAUCCCCCAAAGGAGGACACAAUAAUCUCUGCGUCGCUUGCUGAUGGCAACCCUUUCCAAAAGGAACUACUUGAACCAUUUAUCAAGCUGUUAAGAAAGGACCCUACAAUGCAUUUAAUUGAUAUUGGAGCAAAUCUGGGGAUUUGGACGUUAACGGCGGCGAAAUUAGGAAGAAAAGUUAUUGCUGUUGAACCUUACCCUCCAACUGUUGCAAGGCUACAUUUAAGUAUAGUGAAAGGACAUUUAGAAUCAUUUGUUACAAUAAUCACAGACCCUAUUUCAGACCACCACCACAACGCCACAUUAAAAAUGGCAGAGAAAAAUAUGGGUGGCAUAAGCUUGCAGAAACUUCGGCUCAGAACAGCCACACGCGUGUCUACAAUAACGAUGGAUGAUUUAGUUCCGUACUUACCGCGUAAAAUGAAACGUGCUUUUAUCAAAAUGGACAUCGAGUCUAUGGAGUUGCGAGCCCUUUCAAAAUGUGAUAAAUUACUUAGGGCUAUUGAUAUCCCUGUCAUUAUGUUUGAAUUUUUCCAAUAUAAGAACUUGCUUCAGCGUAAAGAACUUCGACAGUUUGGUUUAUGGAUGAAAUCCAUGAAUUAUAUCCCUUACAACUCACUAGGCAAGAAUCGUGAACGUCUUGGUGACGUCACAACUGAUCGACGAUACAGGCAAAUCUCAGAUCUAUACCUCAUUAAAAAGGAGAGUUUACAGAAAAUUCUGAGGUGGACUGAAGGUGAAGAUAUUAGAGUUUGAUUGAUAUUAUUUUUAGUUAAAGAAAUGUCAGUUGAUUGCUUUAUUUGAGAAUUUUGAUCGUUUUACAUCAUUAUUGAUGAAUUUUACGAAACGGACUGUAAAGGAUCAUUAAGAAAAAUAUAUUAAAGCAUCGAUAGGUACAUUAUUUAUAAAAAAUAACAUUGCAAUACAUCUAGAAAGAAAACUGCCCUCAUAAAUGCUACAAAAUGUUUGUGAUUUAUCAAAGCUACAAGAGCUCCAGGGCACUUGAUAUUUCAUAAUAAUAAAUGAUGCCAUUUG